CAAACAUCCCCCUCCCCUACCUUCUCCCCUCCCAACAGCAGACAGGGGCACACAGACGACCACACUCUCCAGCCAAACCCUAAUUGUGUGUGCGUGUGUCUGCAUUUUUUUCCCUGACAUGAAGAAGGAAACCAAGUUACCAUGUGGCAUUGUUGGAUGCCCUUCAUCUUGGUCUGGGUAUCCAUGGCAACCCCAGCCAUGUGCCAAAGUGGAGACUGGGGUUCAGGUUUUGACAUUUACUCUGAGAUAAUAGCCACCAAUGACACAUCUCAGGCAGCUGGUGAUGAGCCUGCGAGGAUAAGAAACAAUCAGGACUGGAUCACAUCAGCAGCUUUCUCACCAUCGCCAUCGCCAUCACCAUCACCUGCGCUGCAGUACGAGCCUCAACCUGACAAGUGCUCGGUCUUCUUCAACACUAACACUGCUUGGGCUCGAAGGCUGAAGGCCGAGAAAGAGGAGCUGGCCUAUCUGCAGGCCAUCCAGCAUGGAAACAAAGCGGUGAUGGAGAACUUGUUGCAGUUUGUGGGGGCAGAGCUGGGAGAUCAGAGCUAUGAAGAUGUGAUUAAGGAAAAUGUCAUUGGGAUCCAAGAGGACCACAAAAGUUGCCACGAGGUGGUAGAGAAGGCUGAGGAAGAUAUGGAACAGCAGCUGGAGGGCGAAGUGCUGCAUGCAGGGAUGCAGAAAAUCAGAGAAGAGUCCUUGGCCUUUGAAGACAUGCUCCGCGCUGCAGUGGACAUCGCCAACAGGCUGGAGAUCUCAUCGCAGGCCCUGCACGCAUCAUUUACCAAGCAGCUGAAAGACAUCACCAAAAUCCAUCGCUAAGGAAGUGUUGACAAGACUCGCUGCUCUCAUGUCAUCCUCCAAAUUGAGGAGGAUGUUUGGUAUCCUGUGUGAGACCCAAAACAAGGGAAAUGCUUUUAAUUAAGUUAACCAUACACAGAGCACUGAGAUACAACAAUGUGUCAAGGUCAGCCAGUAAAGCAACUGUAUGAAUUAACAAAAGAUGAGAGAACGAUUCGAAAAAAUAAUUGUUGGGUAAAAAAACACAUUCCCUUUCACCAACAUUAUAAUCCCGUAAGCCAUUAAAUAUUAUUUUCCAUCCAGGCAUUAUUAUUUGUGGAACUGGGUGAGGUCAAAUGUGGUAACAGUAUGUGGUGCAGGUUUAAGCCAAGUUGAGUGUUUAUGGAUCAAACUAGAUUGGCCUUUAGAGACUGAACAUAAUGGCUCUGUUAGUCUUCUCUAGAGGAAGCUAUGGAUUGGCCAUCUGGUUCCAGGGUGAGGAUGGAGGCCAGGAUAUAGUUAGGAUGACUAGCGUGUUCCAGUGGACAUUUUGUUUUUGAAGACUGCAAUGCAUAUUUAUAAGGCAUUGUAAUCUGUCAUUUGGGGAAAACUAUGCAGUAACCCUACUCAGUCGCCAGAAGAAAUUGUUGGCAUUGUAUAUUACUGCAAACCACAGAAAUGUUAAAUUGGUACUUUUCAUAUGUAUCAUAUCAGCGUUUCUAAAGUGGUGUAGCAUAUGAGCUGACUUUAUCAACAUGAGGUGCAGGGGAUGAUGGACUGAUAUAAAUUUUUCCUUUUUUUGUCAACCUAAGCAAUCCACAGGCAAACUGGCAGUUGAAAUGUAGCUUCCUCAUAUACCUCCUUUUAAACACCACACACACGUAAUUAAGGAGGGAAGCGCAGGGUCGGCCAUAAUACGGCUCCCCUGAAGCAGUUAGGGGUUCCUUGCCUUGCUCAACAACCCAUCAGCAGCACCCUGGAGGCCCUGAGCUGCUGCCGCCUCGGACAGUGGUUCCCAACUGGUGAAGAUUUGUCCCCAGUCAUUAGUUCAAGGUCCACACAGUUUAAUACAUUCAGCGUCAUAGUUGUGUUUGGCCAUGUCAUUGAGUUUGUUGUCUCUGUCAAGUUGCUAUCCGUUAGUCACUUACUCUGCAGCAGGAAACAGCACUUCAAAAUAAAAGCUCUGUGCUGUAAAUUCACUGUACUUCAAAAUAUAAAGUUUUUUUAACAAACUUGACACAUUCAUGAGUCACUUGUGGUCCAUUCAGAAUGGAUUAAAGUUUCACCGUAACAGCUGCAUAACAAUGUACAAAUGUAACAUAUCCGUGGUUUGCAGAAACGUACAAUGCAAACAUUAAUUCUGCGAUUAGGCUGAAUAACCUGUGGAUGAGGGACAAGAUAUUAUACAAACAAUUAAACCAGUGGUUCCCAACUGGUGCGUCGGGGUCCAGAAGUGGGUCCUGAGUCCAUUCUGCAUGGACCAUAAGAGACUUGCAAACGUGACAAGUUUGUAGAGAGCACACUUUAUUUUGAAGUGCAGUCAAUUUCCGGAAGAUAGUUUUUAAUCUGAAGUGCCAUUUGCUGCUAUAGAGUGAGUGACUAACAGACAGCUACUUGACAGAGACAGCAAACUAACUUGACGACAUGGCCAAACGCAAGUAUGGCAAGUAUAUACUAACGACUACGGAGAAAUCUGCACCCUGUGGCCGGACCGGUUGGGAACCACUGAAUAAGACAAUUCCCUUGAUUAGGAAUAAAUAGGGUUUUUUUUAAAUCAAGAAAAGUUGAUAAAGCACCUCUAAAUCUGCACAUUGUUAAGAGGAAUACGUUCGGGAUUUUACACCAAACGUAAACUUUAAAGGAUCACAGCAUGUAAACUUUAUAGGAUCAGAAAGGAAAAACCUUUGGUGGUUUCAGUUGGAUUUACCCGUUCCAAUGUGAUAAACACACUUAUGCUGUGUACCCAGCUCCAUUGUGCUAUCCCCUCUUUAACCCUGCCAGGACUCAUGAGAGAGAAUGCUUUCAUGUUUGAUUUUUUUAAGUGUAAUAAUAUAAAUUUGUACUAUGAAUAUGAAGUAUGUUUAUCCAGUAAACAGCAAGAAAUAAGAAAUCAGUCUUUUUUUGUCUGAAUCUGCUACCCUGCUUUCACAUCUUCUACCCAUAUCAAUAUUUUAGGGGGACUAAAACUUCACAGGGCAUAUUCAUUCACCUAGUCUGCCCUCUAGCUGUCUGCCACAGAAAUACCCCAUGGACGUUUCAGCUGCAU